AGCAGAGUGUGUUCUUGCUUCCGCGGUAGCUUCCGCCGGUUGCGGGAGAGUAACUGCUGUGGCUGCAUCAUGGCGUCCGUGGGGACCCUCGCCUUCGAUGAAUAUGGCCGCCCUUUCCUCAUCAUCAAGGAUCAGGACCGCAAGUCUCGUCUUAUGGGACUUGAGGCCCUCAAGUCUCAUAUAAUGGCAGCAAAGGCUGUAGCAAAUACAAUGAAAACAUCACUUGGACCAAAUGGGCUCGAUAAGAUGAUGGUGGAUAAGGAUGGCGACGUGACCGUAACUAACGACGGUGCCACCAUCUUAAGCAUGAUGGAUGUCGAUCAUCAGAUCGCCAAGCUGAUGGUCGAACUGUCCAAAUCACAGGAUGAUGAAAUUGGAGAUGGAACAACAGGAGUGGUUGUCCUGGCUGGUGCCCUGUUGGAAGAGGCCGAGCAGCUGCUGGACCGCGGCAUUCACCCCAUCAGGAUCGCCGAUGGCUACGAGCAGGCCGCCCGCAUCGCUAUCGAGUACCUGGACAAGAUCAGCGAUAGUGUCCUCGUCGACAUGAAGGACACCGAGCCCCUGAUCCAGACCGCGAAGACCACGCUGGGCUCCAAAGUGGUUAACAGCUGUCACCGACAAAUGGCCGAGAUUGCCGUGAACGCCGUCCUCACUGUGGCCGACAUGCAGCGCAGAGACGUUGACUUUGAGCUCAUCAAAGUAGAAGGCAAAGUGGGCGGGAGGCUGGAGGACACCAAGCUGAUCAAGGGCGUGAUCGUGGACAAGGAUUUCAGUCACCCGCAGAUGCCCAAACAAGUGGAAGAUGCUAAGAUUGCCAUCCUCACGUGUCCAUUUGAACCGCCGAAACCAAAGACGAAGCAUAAGCUGGAUGUGACGUCUGUAGAAGAUUUUAAAGCCCUUCAGAAAUAUGAAAAGGAGAAGUUUGAGGAGAUGAUUCGGCAGAUUAAAGAAACUGGCGCUAACCUAGCCAUUUGCCAGUGGGGCUUUGACGACGAAGCAAAUCAUUUACUCCUUCAAAAUAACCUGCCUGCGGUUCGUUGGGUCGGAGGCCCUGAAAUCGAGCUGAUCGCCAUCGCCACGGGCGGCCGCAUCGUCCCGAGGUUCUCAGAGCUCACGGCCGAGAAGCUGGGCUUUGCGGGUCUUGUGAAGGAGAUUUCAUUCGGGACCACUAAAGACAAGAUGCUGGUCAUCGAGCAGUGCAAGAACUCCAGAGCCGUCACCAUUUUCAUCAGAGGAGGAAAUAAGAUGAUCAUCGAGGAAGCCAAACGAUCCCUUCACGAUGCUCUGUGUGUCAUCCGGAACCUCAUCCGUGACAACCGCGUGGUGUACGGCGGAGGCGCUGCCGAGGUUGCCUGUGCUCUGGCCGUCAGCCAGGAGGCCGACAAGUGCCCGACCUUGGAGCAGUACGCCAUGCGAGCCUUCGCCGACGCCCUGGAGGUCAUCCCCAUGGCCCUCGCCGAAAACAGCGGCAUGAAUCCCAUCCAGACUAUGACCGAAGUCCGAGCCAAACAAGUGAAGGAGAUGAACCCUGCCCUCGGGAUUGACUGCAUGCACAGGGGGACAAACGAUAUGAAGCAACAACACGUCAUAGAAACCUUGAUUGGCAAAAAGCAACAGAUCUCUCUUGCAACACAAGUGGUUAGAAUGAUUUUGAAGAUUGAUGACAUCCGUAAGCCUGGAGAAUCUGAAGAAUAAAAAAAGAAUUUAGAAUAAAAUGUAGAAGUAAGAUCCACUACCAUGAUUAAAUAAAUGGGUGUCUUGUGAUGCAUCUACAGUUA